AUGACGGGCCCCGUCGAAUCAGCCCACAAACGAAGUAAAUCGUCUGCUCUGUCCCUCCUUCGCAGCAGGAGAGAAGGGAAAGAUGAUGAUAAUGCAGAAAACCAAGCUCUGAUGUCCCCUGCGACAACGGCGCAAUCACCCAUAAUUUCGGCUACAACAUCUCAACAUACCCUCGGCCAUUCUUCGAAGAAAUCUACGAGCACAUCUGGACUCACGAGAUCAGCUUCCAGCGUUCAUUCACGACCCAUAUCUACUCUGUCACCCGAUAAGACGAUGUCCAUCGAGCAGACUGUACGAAAGUUCAAAAUAUUUGAGGCAUUGAAGAAUGGAGAUACAGCAGCGAUAUCUAAGGCAAUCCGUGAGUCGGACGGCAGUCGAAUGAGCAUCUCUAGCAUCGCAACAGUUUCAACCAACCUUGAGGAUACCACCAUCCUACACCUAGCCAUCCAAUGUGCCGAACAACAAGUAAUAGAAUAUGUGCUAUCUGAUGGUGCUGGGACGAUUGACAUCAAUGCGAGAGAUCGUGAUGGGAAUACGGCUCUUCACCUUGCUGCAACAUUAGGUCGUGGCCCUAUUGUGCGCUUGCUUCUUGGGCAGCCUGAUAUUAACGAUUCUUUGCCAAAUUAUGCUGGCCGUCUACCCCUCGAUCUUGCUCGAACCCCCGAUAUUUUCCAGCAACUACAGCUCUCUCGUUCAUUAUUUGUUGAUAGCAAAAUCAAGCAAAUACAAGAACUGGUUGCGCAAGGAGACUACAAGUCAUUAGGCGAAAUUUUGGAGGAAUCUCGAGUGAAGACCGUCUUGGACAUCAAUGGUGGAGAAUUUACCUCUGACCCAAUCACGGUUCAUGCUGGUGGCACUUUACUUCACGAAGCCUCCAGGAAGAAGAAUAUUGAACUUAUCCAAGUGUUACUGCUACAUGGUGCUGAUCCUUUCCGUCGCGACCGAAAAGGAAAAUUACCGCAAGAUGUUACAAAGGAUGACGCAACCAAGGCUAUGUUAAAAAAGUCUCCUGCUGCAGUCGCCGCUCAACGCGGAAUUCAGGAAAAAGCUGUUCUGGGAAAUGCAUCUCACCAAGGAGUAGUCAACGCCAAUCCAUCAGAUGCACUGGCUGGCAAGGAAGGUCGAGAGAUGCAGGGCUAUUUGAAAAAGUGGACAAACUAUCGCAAGGGUUAUCAAUUACGGUGGUUUACCCUAGAAGAUGGAAUCCUGAGUUAUUCCAAGCAUCAGGAUGACGCAGGAUCCGCUUGUCGUGGCGCGAUCAAUAUGCGUAUCGCAAAGCUUAACAUGGACCCUACAGAGAAGACUAGGUUCGAAAUCAUUGGAAAGUCAUCUGUCAAGUAUCACCUCAAAGCAAACCACGAAGUUGAGGCUAAGAGAUGGUUUUGGGCACUCAACAAUUCUAUUCAAUGGACCAAAGAUCAAGCAAAAGAAGAGGAAAAGCAAGAGGCCAAGAGAUUAGAGUUGCUACAACAAGCGAAAGAGCAAUCUGGCAACAAGGAAGCUUGUGACAGCAAUGGGCAUAACGAGCCUCUUGUCUACUCGGAGUCACGUCGUGAGAGUAUUCAAGGCAGCAAGCUCAUGCCACAGAAUAGUCUUAGCAAGAUUCCAAGUUCGCGAGUCGCAUUUACAAGCAAUACUGGAAGUGUUGGCGAUGAUGAUGAAACCAAUUACGGAUCAUACAAUCCAAGCUUCAUGGGUGACGGGGGCAGAGUACCAAGUCAUAUCGAAACUGGACUCGUGGAUGGAGAUUACGAUGAGGAAUAUGGCGAUGGCUCUAGUGAGCACGAGAUACCGGCAAGUAAAGACGCCUUUGAAAUCACGGCUCAUUCUGCUCGACUACAGCUCGAACUCAUGGGACAGGUCAAUGCCGCUUUGCAAGUAGAGCAGUCCAGAAAUCCAAACCUCGUCAUCUCUGACCCAGUCGCAAAUCAAGCAACCGCGACGUAUGAUUCGGCCAUUCGUAAUCUCAAAGGUCUUGUCGGCGACCUUUUGAAGAUAUCCAAAGAUAGAGACACGUAUUGGCAACACCGUCUUGAUCGAGAAGAGCACAUGCGACGAAUGUGGGAAGAAAGUAUGACUCAAGUAGCUCGUGAACAAGAUGACUUAAUGGCUCGUAUGGAUGAAUCGGAAGAAAAGAGAAAGUUGACAAAACGAGCACUUCGUGAAGUCACUCGAACGGCGUCUAGACCAGACAGUAGAGGUGAACCAGCAGCCAGGGCCGAAAUAACCGAAGCUCUCGGAGACGUUUUACUCAAUGAUGAUGGCACCGCCUCUUCAAGACAUGUACCGACUCGUAAAAGUUCACUGCGACAGAAAUCGAUUAUCGAAGACCUCCCUGAUUUGUCUGAUACAGAUUCAGACGAAGAUGACGAGUUUUUCGACGCUGUUGAUGCCGGACAAGUGGAAGUGGUUAAAGUUCUGCCACCUACAAGCCCUGCCGUAGGUGGAAUUGAGGAGGCAGAAGAGAGCCAACUUACUCAAGUGGACGGGCUGGACAUCAGUUCUGCUUUCAAGGGAUAUGAAAAUGGCAUACGAACUCGUCUAAAGAUGGAUGCUGAUGAUCGUCCAAAGAUUUCUCUAUGGAGCAUCCUCAAGUCUAUGAUUGGCAAGGAUAUGACGAAGAUGACGCUUCCUGUGUCUUUUAACGAACCUACAUCAUUGCUCUAUCGAUGCGGUGAAGAUAUGGAAUACGCAGAUCUUCUGGAUAUUGCAGCUGAUCGAGCAGACUCAAUUGAGCGUAUGGUAUAUGUUGCAGCAUUCGCCUCAAGUGAGUAUGCAUCGACUAUUAAUAGAGUAGCAAAGCCUUUCAAUCCACUUCUCGGCGAAACCUUCGAAUACGUACGUCCGGAUAAAAAUUAUCGCUUUUUCAUCGAACAAGUCAGUCAUCAUCCACCAGUUGGUGCUGCUUGGGCUGAGUCUCCGAAAUGGACUUAUUAUGGAGAAUCAGCUGUGAAGUCCAAAUUCUAUGGAAAAUCUUUCGACAUUAAUCCUCUUGGCACUUGGUUCCUCAGACUUCGUCCAACAGCAGGGGGGCCAGAAGAGCUGUAUACUUGGAAAAAAGUCACCUCCUCCGUCAUUGGAAUUAUCACCGGCAACCCUGUGGUUGAUAAUUACGGACCAAUGGAGGUCAAGAAUUGGACAACAGGUGAAGUGUGCAACGUCGAGUUCAAGGCUAGGGGUUGGAAAGCAUCUAGUGCUUAUCAUAUCACUGGUAGAGUUAACGAUGCAAACGGUCAAACUCGAUUUAGUCUUGGUGGCCGCUGGAACAGUAAAAUUUAUGCUCGUUUCACGCCUGGCUAUGAGGCGACUGUUGAGGAACCAAAAUCUGGCUCUUCCCACCGCCGAGGCAGUGUCAAUGACCCAAGCCAAGCAUUUUUGGUCUGGGAAGCUAAUCCACGUCCGAUUGGAAUUCCAUUUAAUCUGACUCCUUUUGUUCUCACUUUUAACGACAUCAAUGAUAACAUCCGCCCGUGGUUGCCACCCACUGACUCCAGAUUAAGACCCGAUCAGCGUGCUAUGGAAGAUGGCGAGUACGAUUUAGCUGCCACGGAGAAGAAUCGCCUUGAAGAGAAACAACGUGCCAGACGUCGUGAACGUGAACAGGUUGGCGAGGCUUUCGUUCCUCGAUGGUUCGAGAAAUCAAAAUGUCCAAUCACUGGAGAGGAGUUCUGGGCUUUCAAUGACAAAUACUGGAAUGAGCGUGAGAAAGCUGCUACUGGAGAGGCAUGGACAGAUGUUGAAGAUAUUUUUAAUGAUGCAGAGGAGGAAGAGUCAUCAUGA